AAAAAAUCCCAUGUUUUCUGAAGAAAACACAUUUAUUGCAAAGUUUCUACAAUGCCAAAUCUUAUAAAUAUGAUGUAACAGAUCCAACAUCUGGCCAUUAGACUGGAUUAGAACCCGACCUUUUCUUGACACUAAGCAAAGUAUCACAAAGAAAAAUCACAAAGAAUCCAUAACAAGUCAUUUAUUUCAAGACUUUUGGUCACAUUUUUAGUAAUUUUGAAGGUACCUGUAUGUUAGAUGGCAACAGUUUAGGUAACAACACAUUUGUUGUUGUCAGGCAUGCCUGGGAAAAAAAUUAUUUGCCAUCCGACCAUCACAAAUGUAAACUUGUGAAGUUGGAUAGGAUUUGAACAGGAACCAUUUCYUUUGGCUAAAUCAGAUUAAGGUUGAGCAUUUCAGGAACAAACCCUCCAACUGAUGUGAUAGAAAAGAUGAAAAACUGGAAAACCCCCUCGUGUUAAACACAGUAGARGAUCUGUUAUGCUGUGGGCCUCUUUCUCCUCCAUUAGAACCUUGUUAUGAACUUUUUUAAUAUUCUUAUGUUCUUAGAAAGUGAAAGAAUUUGCUUAUAGUUUUAUAUUUCUGUCCGAUGAUGUCUCUCGAUACAUAAAUUACUAUUGCUCUAAGUUAAGUAACUACUUUGUACUUCUGCCUCAYAACAAUAAAUUGAAGGAGUACUGCUCUUAGUUGAGUACAAUUUUUUUCUCCUAAAUGGUUCACCAAAGACAACCAGCAAGAUUUCAAAUGAGCAGCUUCUUUAGUUCAURUUGCGUGAUGCUACAAUGCAAAUAUAUUAAAUGAGUCCUGCCUUUUGAUCAGAUACGACUGUUAAAAUGUAAUCAAGCCACUUCUCAUUUUCUUACAGCUGAACGAUAGACGCACAUUUGCAGCUCAGAUAGACUGUGAGCUGCUGUCGACUGAGGAGCCUCUAAAGCUUUUCCGUUAUUUCAGAUCAAGGCAACGUAGAGCUGAUUGWUUCACAAUGUGUUCUUUCUGCAGCAUCAAAUGUUGGUUCGUUUUCUUCAACGGCAUCUUCUUGGCWUCYGGGGUCGCCCUCAUCACGAUCGGAGCUCUYCAGUACUCAACCUACUCGCAGAUCGGCACUUUUGCAGGGAGCGGCUUGUCCAAAAUYGCCAUCGUCCUAAUUGCAGUGGGCGCCGUCAUCACCCUUGUGUCCAUUUUGGGACAUUGUGGGGCAUUCCUGAAUAAUUCUUCCAUGGUGUCUUGUUUCAUCUGCAUCCUGAUAAUCAUCGUCCUUUUGGAGAUAUUUACAGGAGCUGCUUUUUAUAUAUUUCGCAGCAGGACUGCCCUUCUGCAGAUGAACAGCGGGAUCAACACCCAAGCUCGUGCCGCGGUCUACGAAUACAGCCCAAAGGACAGACACGCCAUCAACAGGAUUCAGGAAAAGUUCAGCUGCUGCGGCGCCGACACUUACACCGACUGGUCCAGAAGUGUGGGCUGGGGAAACCAUGAAGCCGUGCCAGAUUCCUGCUGCCCGGAGAAGAGAGAAGGCUGUGGUCAUGACAAGGAUAAAGCUCACAAAAAGGGGUGUAUCUCAGCUAUAAAGCUCUUUCUGUUGAAGAAUCUGGUGUGGGUCGGCGGCGUUUGCAUCGCUCUUGGAAUCACAGAGGUGUUUGGAGUGAUAGUCGGAGUGUGCCUCUGUCUGGACAUUAAACGCAAAAAUUAUGAGAACGUCGACUAAUUCAUCAUCACAACCAUCUUCACACAWCAACAAACAAACUAAUAAACUUGUUUGACCAUAAUAUAUAUUUUUGUUUCAUGUGAUAAUAUGCUCAAAAACAUUCAUUCUCCUUACUUAAAUAUCUUCAGUCAAUAAAGAGUCUAAAAAAGAAAAUGUUCUUAAACUGAUUACCUGUUAGUUCUUUCUAAGAACAGAGCUCAAAUCAAUAGGUUAUACAGGUUAAAGGUUAUUGGCUCUUUGAAUUAAUCCAUUCAUAUGAUGAAUUAGCCUACUUAGCAAAAUAAUGAUGGAUGGUGGAAGCAAGUCASAGUUGAUGGGGAMGAUAUCUGAGUUAAAUGCAGAGCAAUAUUGGAAGAAAAUUUGUUCAAUAAUAAUAAAUAAUGCACACAUAACAAAGUACUUGAUUAAAAAAAACAUGGACUAUGUGUAAAAAGCAUAUAUUUUCUGAACUGUACAGUAAGAAAAACACUGAAAGAUUAGGCUAACAGUUUAGCGUAGAGCAGGCUAACUUCAAAGAAUAA